CGCCCCCGCCCGCUGCCCAGGCCGCCGCGGAGCGGAGCCACCGCUGGAGCCGCAUCCCCAGCUGGUGUCCGAGAGACGGCGGGUGGCGGCGGCUCCGCGACCCCGAGCCCCGGCCCGGCCCGCUCUCCGCCUCCGCCCCCGGGCCGGCGGCGGCUGCGGGAGUGUCGGGGCCCGGCUGCCCCCCAGCCCCGCGCCCCGCCCCCGCCGAGUGCAUGCGGUUGACGCUACUUUGUUGCAGCUGGAGGGAAGAACGCAUGGGAGAGGAAGGAAGUGAGCUGCCCGUGUGUGCUAGCUGUGGCCAGAGGAUCUAUGAUGGCCAGUACCUCCAGGCCCUGAGCGCAGACUGGCAUGCCGACUGCUUCAGGUGCUGUGAGUGCAGUGUGGCACUGUCCCACCAGUACUAUGAGAAAGAUGGACAGCUGUUUUGUAAGAAGGACUACUGGGCCCGCUACGGAGAGUCCUGUCACGGCUGCUCUGAGCACAUCACCAAAGGGCUGGUCAUGGUGGCCGGGGAGUUGAAGUACCACCCUGAGUGUUUCAUUUGCCUCACGUGCGGGACCUUCAUCGGGGACGGGGACACUUACACACUUGUGGAACACUCCAAGCUAUACUGUGGGCACUGCUACUACCAGACAGUGGUGACGCCGGUCAUCGAGCAGGUCCUACCCGACUCACCGGGAACUCGCCUACCGCACACAGUCACGCUCGUGUCCAUCCCCGCCUCAGCCCCCGGCAAGCGCGGUCUGUCCGUGUCCAUCGACCCCCCUCACGGCCCCCCGGGUUGCAGCACCGAGCACAGCCACACGGUCCGUGUGCAGGGUGUGGACCCGGGCUGCAUGAGCCCAGAUGUGAAGAACUCCAUCCAUGUCGGAGACCGGAUCCUGGAAAUCAAUGGCACCCCCAUCCGGAACGUGCCCCUGGAUGAGAUUGACCUGCUGAUCCAGGAAACUAGCCGCCUGCUCCAGCUGACGCUUGAGCACGACCCCCAUGACACGCUGGGCCAUGGGCCAGGGUCCGAGCCCAGCCCCCUGGGCUCUCCUGCUCACACACCCAGUGGAGAGGUGGGCAGCUCCGGCCGCCAGAAGCCUGUCCUGAGGAGUUGCAGCAUCGACAGGUCCCCAGGCACCGGCUCCCUGGGCUCCCCAGCUGCCCACCGCAAGGACCUGGGCCGCUCCGAGUCUCUGCGUGUGGUGUGCCGGCCCCACCGUAUCUUCCGCCCAUCAGACCUUAUCCAUGGCGAGGUGCUGGGCAAGGGCUUUUUUGGCCAGGCCAUCAAGGUGACGCACCGGGAGACAGGCGAGGUGAUGGUGAUGAAAGAACUCAUUCGAUUUGAUGAGGACACUCAGAGGACCUUCCUCAAGGAGGUGAAGGUCAUGCGCUGCCUGGAGCACCCCAAUGUGCUCCGCUUCAUCGGCGUCCUCUACAAGGACAAGCGGCUCAACUUCAUCACCGAGUACAUCAAGGGCGGCACCCUGCGCGGCAUCAUCAAGGGCAUGGACAGCCAGUACCCCUGGAGCCAGAGGGUCAGCUUUGCCAAGGACAUCGCCUCAGGCAUGGCCUACCUCCACUCCAUGAACAUCAUCCACCGGGACCUCAACUCCCACAACUGCCUGGUCCGAGAGAACAAGAAUGUGGUGGUGGCAGACUUCGGGCUGGCACGACUCAUGGAGGAGAAGAACACGCCGCCCCACGACCUGCGCAGCCUCAAGAAGCCCGACCGCAGGAAGCGCUACACUGUGGUGGGCAACCCCUACUGGAUGGCACCCGAGAUGAUCAACGGCCGCAGCUAUGACGAGAAGGUGGACGUGUUUUCUUUCGGAAUAGUCCUGUGUGAGAUCAUUGGGAGGGUGAACGCUGACCCCGACUACCUGCCCCGCACCAUGGACUUUGGCCUCAAUGUGCGGGGCUUCCUGGACCGCUACUGUCCCCCCAGUUGCCCCCCCAGCUUCUUCCCCAUCACUGUGCGCUGCUGUGACCUGGACCCUGAGAAGCGGCCCUCCUUCCUGAAGCUGGAGCAGUGGCUGGAAAGCCUACGUAUGCACCUGGCCGGCCUCCUGCCCCUGGGCUCCCAGCUGGAGCAGCUGGACAGGGGCUUCUGGGAGACAUACCGGCGGAGCGACAGUGGCCUGCCAGCCCAUCCCGAGGUCCCCGACUGAGCCAGCCCGCCAGCCCCUGGAGACUCCCUCCCUGCACCAGACUCCUGGGGGCGGCCUGGCUGCACUCACCUCGCCCUGCCUUACCGCCUGGGGGGGCCCGCCCCCUUGCUUCUCCUUGCAUGAGCUGGAGAGCCCUGUGUGCCCCCCACGACACCCCCCCAUCCCCUGCGUGCACCCCAUCUGCAGCUCCCGGGAUGGGGCUGGAGGGGACAUGUUCCCAGGAGCCCAACUGGGAGAGUCAGAGGCCCACUCCCUAGAAUAUGAUAAUUACCCACACCCCCAAAGCCAGAGGUCCUGGGGGCGGGGGAAGAAGCCCCCUUGUUCAGGCCGCACCCCUCUAUCUCUUUGGUCCUUUCCAUUCUAAAGCCAUUUGAGUUAGAAGAAGGUACUGGCCUCAGGGUGAGCUGGGAACCCCCCUCCCCACAUUAGGGGAGGCUGGGCUGAGCCAGGGAGAGUCCACCAGCAUCCCAGCGCCCCCCUCAAAGUUCAUCUCAGUGCCCACCCCCCACUUCAUGCCUCUGCGUCCUUGGGUUCUUUCUGUGUAAUCUAUUUUUUAAGAAGAGUUUGUAUUAUUUUUUCACGCGGCUGGGGCUUUCUUUUUCCGGGCGGGGGUGGGGUGGUACCAUCCUGUCCUGCGCCCUCAAGUUAAGCAUCUAGGAAGUAUUAAAACUGUGAAGCCUUCUCAGAGCACUUUGAACCCGGGACCGGCCAGUGGGGCACCACGCAGGGAGGUGGGAUAAGGCUACCUCCGCAUAGGAAGGGACCCAGACUCGGACAAGAAAUAAACUCCAUCCUCCCUA